AUGACAUUGCGAGACAGGAAUUUACUACAAGGUGGUAGUCAAUCAGCAACAACAAUACCUCGCGGUCGACCAUUAAAUGAUCGUUGGUUAUUUCGUGCUGAUCAUCCUCAGUAUUCUACUCAUAUACUCAUUCGUCGUUCGUUUGCUGUGGUUCCGGUUUUAAUUGGUCCUGCUAUCCCUCGUCAUGAUCGAGAAGAUACUGCAGAAAGAUACGCACGAGCUAUCUUGACACUAUUUCAUCCUUGGACGACUGCAAUUGAUAUUUGUGAAGUGAAUCAAUCAUGGAGUGAAGCUUUGAUCAUAUUGCAACCAACGUUCAGUUCAAAAUCGAACAAAGUUAUAUCCAAUAUUCAGCUUCUUCACGAAUGCAAACGCGACCGGGACGAUGAUCUCUUCCAAUUAGUUAAUAAACCGAUAGUAUCGAAGCCCAUAAUCCUUGCUUUAUUGGAAGCAAGCAUGGAUGCAGAUCAAUCUUUGAUCAAUCAAGAUAUGACUCAACACGAAGGAUUGCGAGGUCGUAUGAAUCGCGAAUAUGUGGAUACCACAAUACAAAGUGUGAUUCGUUCUGAACGUUUUUCAAACGUGUCAGACGUUAGCGGGUUAUCUGAAUUAAUGACCAACAAUUCAAUAACUUCUUCACACAGAACAACGGUUGACGAGGUUGUGGCCCGACAGGCCAAUUCCGAAGAUAUUCAACAGAUUCGUGGUUGGCAGCAUGAUCUAAAAAAUCAAAAAGAUGAAAUCCGACGAACGAUGUUGUUUGGUUCGAGAGAAGAAUUCUCAACAGUAAAGAAGGGUUGUGUGAAGAUUCUAGGCGGUGCAGGUGGCUGUGGAAAGUCCCGCGUCAUUGAAGCAAUAUCUGAUUACAUGUAUCUUCAGGGACGAUUACACACCGUACGUAUGCUAGCACCAUCGUCUGCUGCUGCCGUAGGGAUUAAUGGGUUAACGAUACAAUCCAUGUUACACGAGAGGCGGAAUAAGUCAUCGAGUGGUAAUUCUCAACUGACACAAACACACAUGUCCGUUGUUGAAAACGAAUGGCGUCAUAUUGACUAUUGCUUCAUUGAUGAAAUUUCGAUGAUUGGCUGUCACAUGCUAGCGCAAUUUCACAAGAUUACGACGAUUGCCAAACAUACCUUGCCAACUGUGCCGUUUGGUGGUAUCAAUAUCAUAUUUCUUGGUGACUUUGUACAAUACGCACCCGUAUUGGAUCGCCCGUUGUAUUCCAAUCUGUUUCUACCUAGUGACACUCUAUCCAAUACCAUCGCUGAUAAGCCCAACGGAAGACGCACGGUGCCUGAAAGAGAUAUUCAAUUUAAAGUUGGAAGAGCACUUUGCUUACAAGUCAACAAAGUCGUUUUCUUGAUGCAUCAAAUGCGAAAUAAAGAUCGUGACUUCAUGGACAUGCAAACAAGACUUCGCAUUGGUGAAUGCAAUGAUCGAUCAGCGGCGGCGACUGUCAAUUUUUCUCAAAGGCUGGCGACCGCAGCGGCGCAGCCGCGUGGCUUACACGUCUACACACGAUCGCAUCAAUUACCAAUCGUUAUUGUUGCAAAUGAUCAAGUCCGACGCCAUGAUAUCGACAACGCUGAAAUUCGACGUUUUUUGCUCUGCUUACCUGACAACAAAACAGAGGGAUUACCAGGGUAUCUACCGAUCGUUCCAAAUAUGUCGGUAUUAAUUACACACAACAUCGCCACCGAACUUCAUAUUUCAAAUGGGUCCAUUGGUCGUCUAGUGAAAGUAGUAUACGAGGAUGAAGAACAGUCAUAUGAUGCUUCGGCAUUUAGUGAUUCUACAUUCCCAUCGAAUACAGUCUACAUACGAAAACCGCUGUAUGCACUGGUACAGUUACCACAAUGCAAGUUAGCAUCCACUUUGCCCGAUCUACAACCAACUCUCGUACCGAUUGUGCCAGAACAAAAAACGAUCAAAGUAGAUCUUAAAUCGUGUCUGUCUCCUGCACAAAAAAUAUUGUUACAAAACAAAACCACCAUCACCAUCAUCCGUUGUCAAUUACCAAUCAUCCCUGCUUAUGCAAUGACAACGCAUAAGUGCCAAGGCAAAACAUUAGAAUCUGGUGUAAUAGAUAUUGUACCUCCACCUCAUGCUAAGCCUGACCUCGCUCAAACCUACGUACCAAUAUCACGCUUCACAAGUUUAGAAGCGAUGGCUAUCCUGAGACCGUUUCCGCGCUCUAUUCUGAACCCAAAACAUCAUCCUGCCAUGAAAGCUGGAUUGCAGCGAUUGCAGUCAAUCAAUUCAACUGAUUGA